AUGCGUUGGUUACCCACCCUCCACUUCUCCCCUUCUCAUCAUUCCCAUUCCUCAUCCUCAUCCUCGUCUCUCCCGGAGCCAAGGAAGAGCACGCGUUCCAUCUGGUUCUUCGGCAGCGCCAAGAAGUCUACGCGCUCCAGGAAGCUCCGCCACGUCACCGACUUAGAGGCCGUCGUAGGGCCCCCCUUGGCCUUGUCUCGCUCCUCCAGCACCGUUGAUCGCUCCUCCCUCGUGCCUCAGCCCUUGCCCUUGCCCAGAGACCGCUUCCCCAAAGAUGCCGCCGACACGCCCGCCGCCGUCGACGUUUCCCUCACCGCCGGUUUCAAAAUGCGCAGUGUUUUUGCGAGCCAAGAGACAAGAAAAAACAUGGCGCAGGUGGAAACAAGGUCAACAGGGACAGGGUUGAUGACGGGUCAGGGUCAAGGUCAAGGUCAAGGUCAAUGUCAAGGAGAUAGUACCUUGUGGACAAGCAUCCCUACAAGAAGUGCUCCAACGAGUCCUUUUGGGAGUCCCAUAAUAAGCCCAAAGAAUGCAAAAACUGACGAUUUCAUACCCUACUAUUACGUUUCACCCAAAGCCAACCAGUUCUGGUCCGCACCAGAGAUGCCCAUAAACGACCCUUCACCACCCCCUGCUUUCUUUGACAUAUCCGCACUACGCACUUCGGAUAACCCUCCUUCUCCCCAUCAUAGCCCACGGGGAAAAAGCCCAACUGCCCCUUCCCCUUCUUGUUCCUCCAUACCCCCCAGGUUAUCCCUUGACACCUCAAUAGCACGACGUGAAACUCUCACUGUCCACCCCUUACCCUUGCCUCCUUGGGCUCCCUUACCUUCACCACCUCCCACCUUUUCCCCACCCCUCGCUAAGACAGAAUGCCACCCAAUGAUAAACCAAUGGCAAAAAGGCAAACUCAUUGGCCGUGGUACUUUUGGAUCAGUUUAUGUUGCCACCAAUAGAAAAACCGGAGCAUUGUGUGCAAUGAAGGAAGCAGAAAUAUUUUCUGAUGAUCCAAAAUCUGCAGAGUGCAUAAAGCAGUUAGAGCAGGAAAUUAAAGUUCUUAGCCAUCUGAAACAUCCAAACAUUGUGCAGUAUUAUGGUAGCGAAAUAGUAGAGGACAGGUUUUAUAUUUAUUUGGAAUAUAUCCAUCCCGGGUCAAUGAAUAAAUACGUUCGUGAACAUUGUGGUGCAAUAACAGAAUGUGUUGUGAGGAGUUUCACGCGCCAUAUUCUUUCGGGGUUGGCUUACUUGCAUAGCAAGAAAACAAUUCAUAGGGACAUCAAGGGGGCUAACUUACUUGUUGAUUCAGCUGGUGUUGUUAAGCUUGCUGACUUUGGGAUGGCCAAACACCUAACUGGACAUGUUGCAGAUCUUUCUCUGAAGGGAAGUCCAUAUUGGAUGGCUCCAGAGCUUAUGCAAGCGGUUGUGCAAAAAGACAACAGCUCUGAUCUUGCUUUUGCCGUUGAUAUUUGGAGUUUGGGCUGUACAAUUAUUGAAAUGUUCACAGGGAAGCCUCCUUGGAGUGAGUACGAAGGAGCUGCAGCUAUGUUCAAGGUUAUGAUGGAUACCCCUCCUAUACCAGAAACAUUAUCAGCCGAUGGUAAAGAUUUCCUAAGGCUUUGCUUUAUGAGAAAUCCAGCAGAGAGGCCAACUGCAUUAAUGUUACUAGAUCAUCGAUUUCCUAAAAACGUACAAGAGGAAGAUGCUUCAUCUUCCACGCAGCUGUAUAAUGGAAAAACCUUGAUGGAUACGCAUUGUCCCAGAGAUGUGUUUGUUGACACUAAACCUGAUCAGAUUUUUAUUUCUAGUUCACAGAUUGCUAAAGGAAAAUCAGCGACCGAUAGUGGAAUCUCAGUGCCCUACCCACUCUUCUCUUCAACUAGUACUUCCUAGCUCAUGCUCACCCUCUAUGCUCGCCAUCAACAUUUUCGAUGAGAUUUAUGUGUCGAUGUCAAAAAUGGCAAUAGCUAAAAAAAAAUGAUAUUUUCAAAUGACUGCGCUGGGAGAAGUUCUCACACAUAAGCCAAUGAACUUUGUUUUAGGUGGCUUAGAGCACCUGUAGAUGUUGCAGGUUCUUUCCCAUUGAUGCCCCUGUAAGUAACAAGCUUGUUGUUCAUUAUGGAGUUUACAGAAUGAGAAUGUAGAAGCAGAUUUUGUAUAAUCUUAGAGUGAUCCAGCAGCAACACAGAGUCCUGUAAAAAACAAUAUUAACAACAAUAACACCAUUUUUUUUUUCUUCAUAA